AAUUUUAUAAAAUUGAUAAGAAUCUUAAAGAUGAGAUUGAUUAUAUUAUUAAAUUUAAUGGAAAUUAUAAUAGUAAUUUAAAUAAAAUAUCAUAUAAAGAAGGAGAAGAAAAAUACCAAUUUGAAAAGGGUAGUGAAGAAGAAUUGAUAAAUAAAU